AUCACUUAUCAGUAAUCAGUGAAAUUGACUACGUAUCAGUCAUCCAUCGUUCAUGGUGUUUAUUGUUUUCGCGUUUGUCGUAUUUCUACCAGUGUUUCAAUUCUCGGAUUAUUUUUGUAAACUGGAUUACGGAGUUAUGAAAAUAAUGAAAAGCCAUCAAUCGACGGUCUACACACAUCUUAGAAACUUAAAGUCGAAUUGUGUCAUAGCCAAAGCGUAUUCUUAACCAGAAUCAGUUAUCCAGCAACGACGUUCAGUAACUAACAUCUACAUCUUCUAGUCAAUCAAUUCCUAUUGUCAACAUGAGUUCAACGGAUCGUUCAAUAUCAUCUGGGUUCCCAAUUCCUCAGUGGAUGAAAUCUAAAAUAAACGAUCGGUAUGACUUAGACCAAUCACUCGAUCAAUCAUCAUUUAAUCCGCAAGAAACAGACGACAGCUUCUUUUUGAUUCGUUAUUUAAAACCAGACACAGUAAAUCAAAAACGCAGCGAUAGCACUAAAAAUAAACCAAGUGAAGAAAAUUUAACAGAAAAAAAAGUUCAAAAUUUAAAAAAUAUGCCUCCAGCAUUAAUUGUUACAGAAACACCAGAAUAUAAGGGCCAUACAAUUGCUUGUCAACGCUUUAUCACAAAUACUUGUGCUGAUGCAGUGGCUGCAGCAAGUUUGGGUGAAAAUGUAAAUGACCCUCCAAAAUCAUUAGGGAUUGACGAUGGUUUUAAAAGUGGAGCUUCUGAAUGUGGCAAAUCUAUUGUGGCAAUGGCACACCAAAUGGUGUCUGGGCGGAGAGCAUAUCAAGGUCGUUCAUCGGGUCCACAAGAUAUGCUUGUCGUAGGACCUUCUCCAUCAAUGUUAUCUAAACGACGUAACAGCAAAUCGCUUCCUGCAAGUCCUAUAAGUUCACCACCUGGGUCACCACGUUCAAUUCGUAAAAAUCCAUAUUUCACAGCACCAUUUCAAGAAGAAUCUGGAGAUAAACAAGGCUCAUCAUGGAUAUUAUCAAACUUAUUUUCACACAGAGCUGAUUCGCAAGAAGAAUUAUCUGAUAAAGAAUAUAAGAAAUUCCCUAAACCAUUGUCUUCUAGCAAUUUAUCUAUAAAACCCAAACCUUCAGAACUAAGAGAAAUGAAUUUCUGGACACCUACAUCAAUGUAAAUAUUUAAGCUCAACAAAAAAAUUAUUUUGAUUUGUGAAGAUUUUCCGCACUUUUGGUUAUAUUAUUAAUUUGUGUUUUGGCAUUGUUGUAUGUGUAAUAUGUAUCCUUAUUUUUCCUUAUAAUCUCCUUAACUUAGUACCUGUAAAAAUUAUUUUUAAUUUUAA